AUGGAUCAAGCAGCUAGUCAGAGGUCCUUCUUCUCUGAUUCGUCCCUUUUCCUAAGUGCUUGCCUCAAGCCCAGGACGAUGAAUAUGUUUGUUAAGGUGAGAAGUGAUUCAGCCCCACCAUGCAGCCAAUCCACAUUAGACAAGGAAGUUCCGUACUGCACUUUUGCUGACUCAAAUGAAGCCAGCAUCGUUUAUCAGGAUCAGUUCGCAACUAGGAAUCAUAAACAAGCAAUUGAAUUGAAUUGA